AUGCAACACUUGGCUGAAAUGAGGGCUGCUGGUCUGUUGCCGGCGAGGGCGGAGGGGUGGCGAGGAUCUGGAGGGGCGUCCAAAGUGAAGGUGACGGUGCUGCAGCAGCUGCCCAAGGCGGGUAAGGCAGCGGCAGCCAGCUUGGACACCUUCCUCCACACCCAGCUCCAGCGGGACGGCCGCAAGGCCGACAUCCUCAUCCUACCCGAGAACUGGCUGGGCGCCAGUGGACACGCCGACGUGGCGACCAACAGCAGCUUGCAGCUCCUGGCCGACGUGGCCAAGGCCCACGCCGUCUACAUAUUGGCGGGCACGAUGGCCGAGGUUCAAGGCGGCAAGCGCUACGUGACGUCGGUCCUGCUUGCAGCUGAUGGAACGAUGGCCGGCCUCUACCGCAAGCGAAAGCCCACCAUGGAGGGCGCGCACGACCCGGGCAACGAAGUGGGCAUCUUCGAGACGCCGCACGGGCGCAUCGCGGUCAUGAUCUGCUUCGACGUGGAGAACGCAGACAUCUUCGAGGAGACCCUGUCGCACGACCCCGUGGUCAUUCUCAAUCCGACGUGGAUUCCGCUGCCGCGGGUGAUCAGCACGAUGCCCUCCGUGGCGUCGCCCUCCUGCUCGUACCCACUGUCCCUCCUCACGGCCUGGGGCAAUGCCAUGGAGACCAUGUCGCACAAGUUCGAGAACAUCUGUAUCGAGCGGGGCAUCUACCUCGUGAGGUGUGACAUGCCGUAUAACUGUGCCACCGGCACGAGCCAGGUCAUUGCGCCUCACUAUACUGCACACGCGGCCACGCUCAAGGAGACGCAUCUUUCAGUGUUCCUUGAGCGGGACAGGGAGCAGAUGAUGAAGAACCAUGCGCGGUUUGUCGGCCUCUUCGCCCCCGCCGAGCGGGAGAGAACCGAGCGAAGGGACCGCACGGGCAGCCGCUUCGGGAGAGUCGCCAAAGCCGCAUCGUUGAGCGUCACCUGA